AUGGACGUUACCCGGGAUAAAAAAAAAUGCUACUUGGAGCUGGCACUGUGGCAGACUUCGGAGAUUCUAGCCAAAAAUGGGCAUGGUUUAGGGACUGUUGGGCAGCCAAAAUCAACAAAAGCUUUCGUGUAUAAGAUUUGGUCCGUGCGGUUUCAACUUCUUUGGGGGCUGAAAAAGUACACGGAAUUGGCCGAUGAAAUGCAACCGUUUGAAGAGUUGGACGCCCCGGAUUUGUAUUAUCAAUAUUUUCCGGAGAAUGGGGGAAGAAUAGGCUCGAUGAUUCCGUUUGCCUUCCGGUUGAUCCACGCCGAAAUCCUCCGAUUUACGCCCUACCCUACGGGCGGGCCCGGGCAC